AUGAAAUCCAACAAAUAUUUCCUUUUCUUUUUAACUAUAAUCUAUUCUAUAAUUUAAAGAGUACUUUCUCAAGUUUACUAUAACUUUCAUGAUUAAGGUAGCAAUCUAAAAGAACUAAGUCCUUUAUUAAUCAGUGAAAAUAUAUCAAAUUAAACCUAUUAGAUCAAAUUAGAAUCAGAAGUUUUGAUAAAUCAUGUAGGAGCUACAUAUCAAGCUAAAUUUGAACUUAGUAUCUCUUCACUUAGUUAGUCAAUAAAUAGCAUCACUAUAUAGUAAGUAGUUGACUAACCUUACUUAAUUUACACUAUAUUUUCUUAUGGAAAAGAAGAAAAUGUUUUGGAUUAGUUUAAAAUCAAAGGAUUAAGACUGCUAUAAGCAUGUGAUGGAUAAUAAUUUUUUCAUCCUAUUUAUUAGCGCUGUGAAAAUUGCCACCCUCGUUGCAAUGGUUGUACAGAAUACAAAAAGUGCAAAGAUUGUUAAAAAAAACCUGAUUCAAAUGAGAGGUAUGACUAAUUUGCAGAUGGGUUUUGCGAUUUUUGUCCCUCAGGAUAAACUUGGAGACCUAAUAAUAUAUGUAAUGGUUGCCCAGAUACUUGUAAUUGUGAUGAUUAAAAGUCAUGCAUUUCCUGUUAAAGUAGUGGAAAUUAUAUUAAUGUUCAAAAUAAUACAUGUGAACCAUGUUAGUUAGACUAAGGAUACUAUGUUGAUGGAUAGUUUUGUAAAAAAUGCAAUCUUAUUUGUAAGACAUGCAAAGGACCAUCUGGCAGUGAUUGUUUAUAAUGUAUUGAUGGUGCUAAAAAAUAUUAAGAUGGAAGUUGCAAAUAUAACAAUUAAAAUCCUAAUGAUUGUGUUUCUCCUUACAAAUAAGAUAAAUCUUCAAAUUGUGUUUUAUGUAAUUAAGAUGGCUAAUAUGCUAAGGAUAAAAAUUGUGUUGAAUGUUAAGCUGAUUUAAAUUGUUAAAAUUGUUCACCUGAGACAUAGUGUACUUAAUGCUAUACAAAUAAACCUGAAAAAUACCUACAAGAUGCAAAAAAAUGCACUGAUUGUAAAUAAAAUGGCUAUUUUAUCAAUUAAGGUUAAAACAUUUGCGAUAAUUGCAUUUAGAAUUGUGACAUAUGCAAUAACAAAUUUGAAUGCUAAAAAUGCAGUUCUGGUUUUUAUGUAUUAGAAGAUAAUAAAUAUUGUUCUUAGUGCAAAUAAGAUGGAUACUAUAUAGAUAAAUCAAAUUAAUUUUGCAAUAAAUGUCCACAGGAGAAGAAGUGCCAAAAUUGUAAUAAUGAUUUGAAAUGUACUGAAUGCUAAAGUGGCCUCUAUCUUUUUAAUUAAGAUAACUGUAUUUCCUGUGGUGAAGGAUAUUUUUAAAAUGGAAAAAAUUGCUUUAAAUGCACAGAAAAUUGCUAAAUCUGUGCAGAUUAAAAUAAAUGCAAAAAGUGCUUAUAAAAUUUUUAUCUGUUUAAUGACGGAACUUCAUGCAUACCUUGUACUAGCUAAGGAUAAUUUAAAUAAAACGAUACAUGCUAAUUAUGUGAUGCCUCUUGCUCCAAAUGUAAAGGAAAAACAUAAAACGACUGUUUAGAAUGCAAAGAUUCAAUGUAAUUUAAUUAUAAAGGAAAGUGUGAAGCCUGUUCUAGAGAUGGAGUUUUCCAAAGUGGUAGGUAAUGUUUUAAUUGCACUUAAAAUUGUAAAUCUUGUAUUGGAGUAGAAAUAGAGAAAUGCAUAUAAUGCAUGGAUACAUUUAGCUUUUAGUAAGAUAAAAAAUGUGUAAUAUGCCCAACUAAGUAGAAAUAUUUUAUUGAUGAAAAUAAUUUCUGUAUAAAAUGUCAUGAUACAUGUUAAACAUGUUCUGAUGAAAAAGAAAUAUCUUGCAAGACUUGUAUCGACAAUUUAAAAUUAGAUAAAUAUGACCGCAAAUGCAAAAUUUGUAAUACUAGUAAUGGUUUCUUCAUAAAUAGUUAAAAUGAAUGCGAGAAAUGUCAUUCUACUUGCAAAUAAUGCAAUGGAUUGUCUGAAACAAAUUGUAAAGAAUGUACUGAAGGUUUAAGCUUUUUAAAUGGCAAGUGUUAAAAGUGCAAUACAGAAAAUUCAUAUUAUAUUGAUAAAAACAAUAACUGUUUAGAAUGCGAUAAAUCUUGUUAAACAUGUUCAAGUAAAGAUGUAUGCAUCAAGUGUAAAGCUGGUUUGAGUUUUCCUUCUGACUAGACAUCAAAGUUAUGUAUUAACUGUGACUUAGGUAGUAUGUAUGUAAAAGAUCCAAACAGCUUAAAUAUUUGUUAAAACUGCCAUAUGAAUUGCAAAGGAUGCAAAGGACCUAACAUUUAAGAUUGCAUUUAGUGUAAAGAUUAAUUUUAUUUCAACCCAAAAGAUAAUUCUUGUGAAACAUGCAAUUUAGAAGCAGAUAAGAAGUAUAUAGAUGGCAAUAAAUACUGUUAAAAUUGUGAUGUUUCGUGUAAAACCUGCACCGGACCUGGAAACGGAAAGUGUAAACUCUGUGCGGAGAGCUUAUAUUUUAAUGAUUAGAAGGUAUGUAUAAAAUGCCCAAGUGAGAAAUUUUAUAUAACUGAUUAUAAAUAUUGUAAGAAAUGCGAUGAUUCUUGUUUUACCUGUAAUGGUAGUUCAGAUAAUAAUUGCUUGAGUUGCGCAAAUGAUUUGGCUCUCCAAGAAAAUAGCACAUGUAAAUAAUGCUAAACAUAAAAUGGGUUCUUUGUUGAUAACCAGAAAAGUAUCAAAGUUUGUAAGCGAUGUGACUCUUCGUGCAAAAUUUGUCAUGGCUAGAACAACACUGAUUGUGAUUCGUGUUUUAAUUUAAAUUUUUUGAUUGACUCUGAAACAAAAAUUUGUUAAGCUUGCUAAACUGAAAAUAAAUAUUUCUAAGAUGGAGUUUAUUGCAAGAAAUGUGAUGAUUCUUGCAAGAAAUGCAAAAAUUAAGAUGCUAAAUCAUGUAUUGAAUGCUCAGAAUAUCCUUUAAAAUUGUAUUUUAGAGAUGGUCUUUGCCAAAAGUGUGAGGAGUCUGAAGGAUUUUAUAUCAAAGAUGACAAAAUUAGCUGUGAAAAAUGUGAAUCGAGUUGUAAGACUUGUUAUGGAGGAUAAAGUAACUAGUGUAAAACUUGCUACGACAAUAAAUUUUUAUUUUCAGAUAAUACCUGUAAGGAAUGUGAUAUAAACAACAAAUUUUUUAAGAAUGGAAUAUUUUGUUUGUCUUGCAAUUAAGAAUGCUAAACCUGCUUUGGAUAUGGUUAAGACCAAUGUCUAAGCUGCCCAGUUAAUAAAUUUUUAUUAAUUGAGAAUGGAAAACAAACUUGUGUUGAUUGUCUAUCUACUUAAUCAUAUUAUUAAAAUGGAAAUAAUUGUAUGAGAUGCGAUUCAUCUUGCUUAGAGUGUAAAGAUUCUAAUAAAACUAGUUGCACUAAAUGUAGGGAUACUGAUUACGAAUUCGAAGACGGGUCUUGCUAAUUAGAGUGCCCCCAAGAUGGUUAUUUUAAAGAAGGUAAAAAGUGUAAAAAAUGUCACUCUAGUUGCAAGCAGUGCAAAGGAUAAGGUCAAAAUGAUUGUUUAUUAUGUAAUGGAGGAUAAAAACUAUAUCCUGAAUGGAACUGUAAUGACUGUCAAAUAAAUAAUAAAUAUUUUAUUUAAGAUAAAUUUUGCAUAUCUUGUCAUAAUUCGUGUAAAACUUGUAAAGAUAGCUCAGAAACUGGCUGUUUAGACUGUGACGUUAAUUUAUACAAACAAGUUGAUUAAACUUGCAAAAAAUGUGACUUUAACAAUGGUAUGUUUGUAGAUAAAGCUGAUAAUAUAUGUAAAAAAUGCGAUUUAACUUGCAAAACUUGUUCUGCAUUGUCUGAAAAUGAUUGUUUAACCUGUUAAGGAAACAGAAAAUUCUAUCACGAUAAAAAUUCUAUUUAGAAAAAGUGCAUUUUAUGUUAAGUUAAUAAUAAAUAAUUUGAAAAGGAAGAUAUGUGUUUGGAUUGCGAUGCUACAUGUUUAACAUGUAGUGGUGCUUCUGAAACAGAAUGUAUUACUUGUGAAGGAUAAUAUUUAAUGCACUAAGAUAAAAAGUGUAAAAUUUGUGAUACAUUAAAUGGCUUUUAUAUUGAAGAUAAAAACUGCAUAGCAUGCAGUGAUGGCUGUCAAAUAUGUGAUAAAGAUGGCUGUAAGAAAUGCAUAGGUAAUUUGAAACUAAAAGAAGGAGUAUGCACUGAAUGUAAGUUAUCUGAUGGUUAUUUUAUUCAAGACUCUAACUGUAUAAAAUGCCACUCUUCUUGUAAAGAGUGUUCAGGACCAUCUUAAUUUGAUUGUAUAACAUGCAAAGAUAAUUAAUAUCUUAAAAAAGUUGAUGAGAAAUAUUCAAAUUCCCAAAAACAAUGUUAGGAAUGUCCUAAUGAAGGCUUUUUUCUGAAAGACAAAGAAUGUGUUAAGUGCCAUGAUACAUGCCUUAAGUGUCAUUCUUAAGACUCUACUGGCUGUGAUGUAUGCAUAGGCAAUUUAAAAUUUAGAACAGAUAAGACUUGCUAAGAAUGCCCUUCUGAAAAUUUUUUUGCAGAUAAAGACAGAUGUUUGGAAUGCUUUGCGGAUUGUAAAACAUGUAAUGGUCCUUAAUCUAACUAAUGUCUAUCUUGUAAGGACAGUUUGAAUAUAUAUUACAAAGAUAAUAUUUGCAGAGAUUGCAACAAAGAUAACUUCUGGAUAUCAAAAGAAGAUAAUAUUUGCUAUGAUUGUCACUAUUCUUGUUAAACCUGUAAUGGAAAUAAUAAAGAAAAUUGCACUAAAUGUUAACCUCCUUUCAUGUGGCUUAGUAAUUUAUGUGAUUCAUGUCCAAAGUCUAAUCAUUAUGCAGAUCUGACAAAUAAUAAGUGUAUAGCUUGUCAUUAAUCCUGUGAAUUAUGUAGUGGUGGCUAAGAAACUGAUUGUUUAAAGUGCAAAAAUGACUUGAAAUUCCAUACAGAAAAAAUAAAUUAAGGUGGAAUUAUUAAAGAAGUAAAGUAUUGCAACAAUUGCUAAAUAAAUAAUGGUUAUUUUGUUAAAGGAGACUAGUGCUUAAAGUGCGCUAGUAGCUGUUUAACUUGCGAUGAUGAAUAAGAAAAUAAAUGUAAGUCUUGUCAAGAAGGAUUAUUUUUAUUUGAAGAUGGAACAUGCAAGAAAUGUCCUAAUGAAGAGUACUUUUCAGAAAAAAGAAAUGAAAUUAAUAUGUGCAUUUAAUGCUCUCAUAAUUGUCUAACAUGCUCAUAAUUUGGAGAUGACAAAUGUCUAACUUGUAAAACAGAUCUUUAUAAAAAUGAUUCAGACAAGUGCGAAAAAUGUGAAAUAGAUAAAAAAGUUUUUAUUAAAGGAGAUAGAUGUCUUCACUGUGAUAGCACAUGUAAAACUUGUAAAGAUGAGAGUCCUAAGGAUUGUGAUAAAUGUGAAGAUAACCUUAGUAAAUUUCCAGAUAAUACCUGCUAAAAAUGCCCACAAAAGGGGUAUUUCUUAGAAGGAGAGUUUUGCAAAGUUUGUCAUAAUACUUGUGAAGAGUGUGAAGGGGGAAAUUAAAAAAAAUGCAAAAUUUGUGCAACUGGAUUAACAUUUUGGAUAGAUUAAAACGGAGAUUAGAUUUGUGUAAAGUGCUAAGACAAAAUUACCCACUAUGUUGAUGGAUUAUAUUGCAAACCUUGCCACUCUAGCUGUAUAGAGUGCUCUGGAGGAGACUAAUCACAAUGCAAGAAAUGUGCAGAAGGGAAAUAUUUCAAAAAUAAAAAUAAUUAAGGUGAAGGUUAAUGUCUAGAAUGUACAGGAUCUAAUUUUGUGUAAGGAGAUUUAUGCUUAGCUUGCCAUUAGAACUGUUAAACUUGCAAAGGGUCUUAAGAAACAGAUUGCAUUUAGUGUGCUGGAUUACUUAAAUUCAACAAAGAUUUAUCAAAAUGUAUAAACUGUAGGACUGAUAACGGGUAGUUUUUGAAGAAUGAUAUUUGCUAUGAUUGUGAUAAAAGCUGCAAAAUCUGUAACGGAGAAAAUGAUCUAUAUUUUUUCUAAGAAGACAAUAAUACUAAAAAUAAAUAUCUUAAUAAUAGAGAUUGUUUAAAAUGCGAUGAUUCAUGCUAAACUUGCAAACCUGGAUUGCCAAAAUAAUGCUUAAAAUGCAAAUAAGGGGGAACUUUUAUGGAUGAUGGUACAUGCUAAAUUUGCCCAGAGUUUGGCUUUUUUGUAAAUGAUGGUAAAUGUUUGAAAUGUGAUUCUUCUUGCAAAAAGUGCUAAGACAGUGCUUUGAAUUGUACUGAAUGCCAUUAAAAUAAUUACUUUGACUUAAAUGACAGUAAUAAGUGUAAGGAAUGUGAUACUUAAAAUGGCCACUUCAUAUAGAAUACCAAAAAUUGUUAGAAGUGUAACGAUUCGUGUUAGACUUGCAAAGAUGAAACUGAAUUUGGUUGUUUAACUUGUAAGAAAGAUUUAUUCUUUAAAGAUUAUGUUGAUUCAUCAGACAGAUCAAAAAUAAAAUAAAGAUGUGAAAAUUGUGAUUAAGAUAAUGGAUGGAUUAUUAAUGGUACUGAAGUUGGAUAAUAACAAUGUAAAAAAUGUCAUGAUACUUGUAAAACAUGCUCUGGUAUAGAUGCUAAAUAAUGUACUGGAUGCAAGAAUGGAUUUUAUUUUAGAGAUGGAAUAUGUUAAUAAUGUGAUGUUAAUGAUGGCUUUUUUAUCAGAGAUAAAUCUUGUUUAAAAUGCUCAGAAAACUGCAAAACUUGUAGUGGUAGUGAAAAAAAUGAGUGUCUUAUCUGUAGGACAAAUAAAUACUUUAUUGAGAAUACAUAGGAGUGCUAGUCUUGUAAUUAGGACUAAGGAUUUUAUUUAGAUAUUAAUUCCAGGUGUUUUCAAUGCCAUAGCUCGUGCAAAACUUGUAAUGGUGGUGAAGAUAAAAAUUGUACUAAAUGUGCAGAUUAGCUUAGUUUUCUUGAUGGAUUGUGCAAAAUUUGUGAUGUAAAAAAUAAAUAUUAUAUUUAAGAAUCAACAAAUAAUUGUCUAAAAUGCCAUGAUACUUGCUAAACCUGUAAAGGGAGUGGGGUAAAUUAGUGCUUGUCAUGUAAAGAUAAUCUUUCAUUUGAUGUGAAUAAUAACUGCAUUACCUGCCCGUCUGAAGGAUAUUAUGUAGAUAGCUUUAGGUGCUUAAAAUGUCAUGAUUCUUGUAAAUAAUGUAGCUCUUAAUUAGCAACAGGUUGCACUAAAUGCCAAACUUAUCUUUUUUACUUUCCAAUUAGUAAACUUUGUGAGGCUUGCAAUAUUUAAGAUGGUUAUUUUAUGAAGAACAUGCCAGUAGAAAUUUCAGUCAGUUAUGCUUACCGUGUCAUUAAGAUUGUAAAACUUGUAUAAAUGAACAACAAAAUAAUUGCUUAAUUUGCAGAGAAGUUUAUUCAUUUAAAAAUGAUAAAAACAUAUGCAAAAAUUGCCAUAUAGACUGUAAAAAAUGUAAUGGAGAAUAGCAAACUGAUUGUAUAGAAUGUAAGUAGCCUUGUUAUCACAUAAGAAGACAAUCAUUGUUAAAAUUGCUCUGAUAACUGCUUAAAGUGUGACGAUUAUAAAACAUGCUAAGAAUGUGGAAACAACACUCAUAUAAAACAAAAUGGUAAAUGUGGAGAAUGUGAACAAAAUGAGUAUGUUGACAAAGAUACCAACAAAUGCAUGCAAUGCAAUGAAACUUGCUUAAGUUGCAAAGGUAGCUAAAAUAAUGAGUGUUUAUAAUGUUUAGAUGGAGCUUUAAGAAUUAGGACAGAUACUAAGCAAUGUGGGAAAUGUGAUCCUAAUUAAUACUAUGAUAAUAUCUAGUGCUAUAAUUGUCAUAGAGAUUGUAAAACAUGUUCAGGGCCUGGUAAUGAUAUAGAUUAAUGCAUUUCAUGUAUAGAUGUAGAUAAAUAUGAAUGCAAUUAAAAUGAUUUGAACUAUUUUGCUUAGAAUUACAAACAAAAAGAAUAAUGUGAAAAGAAAUGCUUGAAAUGCCAUUAGAAUUGUAGUUAAUGCUUUGGUGAAUAGAUCAACUAAUGCAUGAAAUGCAAUAGAAUGAUACUUUAGAAUGAUUUUUCUUGUGAAAGGAAAUGCCCAGAAAGUAUGUUUUUCGAUGAAUCUGAUCCUAAAGAAGUUAAAUGUACAAAUUGUGAAAAAAACUGCAAAAUUUGUGAAAACUAACAUAAAUGCUUACUAUGUGAUGAAGAAUACACUUUAUUAGAACGACAGUGUUAUAGAUGCUUGAGUAGCUAAUAUUUAGAUAAAAAUCUUAAAAAAUGCAUUGAAUGCGAUAGUGAUUGUAAAACUUGCUUUAAUCAAGGCAAAUAAGCUUGUAUAGAGUGUUCAGAUCCUGCCAAAUUUUUUGAUUAACAUAAUUUUUGCGUAAGUUAGUGUGCUACUGAAUACAUUAAGAAUGACAAAAUAAAUAGAUGCUAAAAUUGCAUAUAUAUUAUAGACUAAAAAAAUAAAUCUAAGACAUGCGUCGUAGAUUGCAAAAAAAACUAGUUUUUAGAUCCUCAAACUUACAUUUGCAACGAUUGUUAAAAUAAUUGCGCAGAAUGCCAAUCUCUCACAAAAUGUACAUCAUGCAUUUAAGAUUAUCAUUUUGUAAGCGAAAAGUAAGAAGCUUGUAGAAAGUGUGAGUAAGAUGAAUAUAUUAGCAGCAAAAAUAUAUGUAGGAAAUGCGAGUUUUUAAAUUGCUUAACUUGCAAUGAAAAUCAUUGCACUAAGUGCUCAUACAAGUAUUUUCUUAAUGAAAAUAAUACAUGCAAGUAUGAUGAUCGCUACAAUUUCUAUGAAUGCACAGACUUAAAUAAGCUAGAUGAUAGCUGUGAAAAAGAGAUGCAGUUGAUAGACAAAAUUGACUUUGGUAUGAAAUAAUCUAUAAUUGCAACUUAUUCUAUACAAGUUAUUUCUUUUUUAAUCCUAAGAUCCACUUCAGCUAUGUCCUACUCAAUGCAAAUUUAAUAGUAAAUAGGUAAUAGCUAUUUGCUAAAAGAUUCUUUGAAAAGCCUAAGUUUAGGACCUACUUUUUAUGAGCAAAACUUCUAAUAAAAUUUAAUCAACAUGAUACCAAAUCCCUUUAGGUAUAUUUCAGCCUAUGACUCAUAUUUCUAUCCUAAGUAGAGUAUUAACAAUUUAUAAUCUUUCAAAUUAGAUUAAAGUUUAGAAAGCAAAUAUUUGGAAAAUAAAAUCUCAGAAAAAGAAUAAACAUAUUAAUAAACAAACCAAGGUAUUUACAAUAGUAGUUAAAAUAUAACCAGUAAUUCAGUGAAGCUUUUAAAUCACUAAAUAGAAAAUGAAUAAAUUAAUUCUAACGUGCUAAGGAAUUUGUUGCAAGAGAAAAGAACGCUUAACGAAAAUUCAUUAAUUUAAAACAAUCUAAGAGAUAUCCGCUCUUAAGAAUUGACUUAUGCAGAGGCAUAUAUAUCAAAUACUUCAAAGUGA